AUGUUUCUCAAAUUGAUCCUUGCUAUCAUCUUUCACCUCGGCCUUCAGACGGCCAACGCAGCCUCAGUUGACUCAAAUGUCCUCGAUACAACGUUGACACUCGUCUCUAGCAUCCGUCAUGCCGGCGACUUUGCAAUCACUCAAUGCCCUCUGAACUGUUCUUCCUCUCCGCCGCUGGGAAAGUCCUAUCCCUCGCACCUUGCAGCCCCUAGUCCAGGCCUGUCACUCAAAUACGUUGCCCUCGGCCGUGGCACGCAAAACUACACCUGUCAGAACAACGACUCGGCGACCGUUCCAACUGCAGACGGUGCUGUUGCCACCCUGUUCGACGCCUCGUGCCUUGCAGCCGGUUAUGAAUCCCUUCUGGGAGAUCUUCCAGCUGCUCUGGUGCACAUCCCCCAUGACGCAGCCGUGCUGGCAGCGUUGACGCUGGGACAACUCUCCGCGUCCAGAAACGGCAGCGUGGUCAUUGCACAGCACUAUUUCCGCGACUCGACGACUCCGUUCUUCGACUUCCGGCCCUUUGGACACCCGGAGUGGCUCGCGGCCAAAAGUGAGGAGAGCGUGCCGGCUCCCGCAAAUAUCCCCAUUCCCGGAUCUGUUGCUUGGCUGAAGCUUGGAUACAAAGACGGAGUUGGAAUUAAGGAAGUCUAUCGUGUUGUCACUGCCGGCGGAGAUCCCCCGAGUACCUGCAAAGAUCAACCGCCGGCUAUCGAGGUCGAUUAUGCUGCUGAAUACUGGUUCUAUGGAUGA